CUUCCUUACGUUUUUCUUCUUUUUCUAUUUAUGUUGUGCACCAAACGGAUCAUUUGCCGACCAGUUCAAAAAAUCUUUGCCACAAACAGCCCAAGCAACAUCUUUCCCGGAUUCAGAUCCCCAGAAUACCCUUCCCCCUUGCAUACACGAUUGCACUUCGGACUCCGUAUUACUUUAUCUUUUCUCUCUCCGCCGUCGGCCACCGCAAAUUAGCGGCCGCUCGGUGAACGCUGCACAGAGUUUUCGCUUAGGGUUUGAAUCCCCCGGAGAUGGUGGAAACGGUCAGCAUCGACGUCAUUCACGGCGGCGUAUCAGAGGAGCACCUCCUGUUGGCAGAAACUAGCAAUACCGACUGCUCCUGGAGGUUGAACUUCGACGGCUUCGAGUUUUCUCCGGAUAAAAAAGAGAAGCCUCCUCGUGGCCUUCAUGACUGCCUUGGUGUUUUAAGAGAAGAGGAUAAUGUUGCAGAGUAUUAUCAGCAACAGGUAGAAAUGCUUGAGGGAUUUAACGAAAUGGAUGCCUUAGCAGAUCGGGGUUUUGUUCCUGGAUUGUCAAAGGAAGAGAAGGCAAACUUGGUGAAAAGUGAAACAUUUGCCAUAAGGAUAUCAAAUAUUGCAAACAUGGUUCUCUUUGCUGCUAAGGUCUAUGCAUCUGUCCGGAGUGGUUCACUGGCCAUCAUUGCAUCCACUUUAGACUCUCUGCUUGAUCUUCUCUCUGGUUUUAUUUUGUGGUUUACAUCCUUUUCCAUGCAAACACCUAACCCAUAUCAAUAUCCAAUUGGAAAGAAGCGUAUGCAACCUUUGGGGAUCCUAGUUUUUGCUUCUGUGAUGGCGACCUUGGGGCUGCAGAUAAUUUUGGAAUCUGUACGCAAUCUUAUCUCCAAGGAGUCCAACUUCAGCCUUACCAAAGAGCAGGAGCGUUGGGUUAUUGUGAUAAUGCUUUUGGUGACACUGGUGAAACUAGCUUUGGUGUUCUAUUGUCGUUCCUUCACCAAUGAAAUUGUUAAAGCAUAUGCUCAGGACCAUUUCUUUGAUGUUAUCACCAACAUCAUUGGUCUUGUUGCUGCUUUACUUGCACAGUACAUAGCUCACUGGAUUGAUCCUGCUGGAGCCAUUAUUCUGGCUUGCUACACUAUCAAAACGUGGUCAUCGACAGUGCUGGAGAACGUGAACUCUCUUGUUGGCAAGUCAGCCACGCCGGAAUUUCUAAAGAAACUGACAUACCUUUGCUGGAAUCACCACAAGGCAAUAAGGCACAUCGACACCGUGAGGGCCUACACAUUCGGGUCCCACUAUUUUGUUGAAGUCGACAUUGUGUUGCCGGCAGACAUGCCCUUGCAGGAGGCUCAUGAUAUUGGAGAGUCCUUACAAGAGAAGCUUGAACUGCUGGAGGAGAUUGAGCGCGCCUUUGUUCAUCUUGAUUAUGAGUACAGCCACAAACCGGAGCAUGCACAAGCGCAUCUAUAGUUAAUUAAUUUUAAUACAUGCGAGCCCCCCACGCCCCAUUAAUGAUUUCUUUCCGGUGGUUUGAUGCUGUAAUUUGUAAUACAAUGCAGUAAAUAUGGUCAGGGUUGCAUGUUUUUGUGGUCUCUCUUUAAUAACAAUCUAUAAACAGCUUAAUUAGUCUUAAUUUGUUGUUUUGUCAAUUA